AUGUUGAUGCAAACGCAAAUCCACUGUGGAGUUGUGCUUCGCUUUGUAAUUUGUGUCUGUCUGCUGAGCUUUACUGCUGCAAAAUGUCAACCUGAAAGCUGCGGUUCAGUGAGUGUGAGUUACCCUUUCUGGAUCAACAAUUCUGGUUGUGGAUACCCUGGUUUUAAUAUCGCAUGUGAGGUGGAUAAAGUUACUGGGAUGCUGGCUCCGUUCUUGUAUGUCAAUGUUGGUAAUUAUACCGAUGGGAAGCUUAAAGGUAAUUUUAAAGAUGGGUUUCUUUAUCCUUAUAAGAUCAUGGAGAUCGGUUAUAUGGGUUACCUUGUCAUAGACUCCUUUCGUAACUAUGCCUGGACGUGUGGAAACAGCUUUGGGACAACCUACUUCAAUCUACCUUCAGAUGGGCCUUUCACUAUUUCAAACUCCAAUAAGUUCGUGGUUGUCGGCUGCAAGACAUCCGGUAGCUACAUAGUUGAGGGUUGGGGAGAGGUGAAAUGUACAGCAAUAUGUGAUCCUCAAACUGAUCGACCAUACUGCCGCUACGGAUGCUGCGAAGUUAACCUUCCAAAUAAUUUUCCUUCGAUAAAUUUCACUGGCGGAGGCGAGUUUACUUGGAACAAAACUGAUAAGAGGUGUGGUUUCUCCACCAUAUUCGACCCCUCCACCUUCAAGAUCCUCGACAAUACAACAAGUCUGUUUUGGGGAAAAGGCACCAAGGCUUCUUAUGGUCUCCUCCUUAACUGGGGUAUCGGCCUUCAGAAUUGUUACAUGGCUAAAGGAACUUCCAAUUAUUCUUGCUCCUUUAACGCAGAAUGCAGUGAUUCUCCUACCGUAAAAGGGCACGUAUGCAAAUGCCUUUCUGGAUACGAAGGAAAUGGUUAUAUGAACGGCACAGAUUGUAAAGACAUAGACGAGUGCAGCGAUAAAAAGUUGAAUAUGUGCGUUGGAGCAGAGGGAGGAGGAAUAUGCCUGAAUUCGAUAGGUUCAUACAAGUGUUCUUGUGCAAAGGGCUAUCAAGGAGAUGGCUUUCAAAAUGGAACAAGAUGCAUGCGCACAAGUUCAAAUCGCGCUGUUUUUCCUGCAAUCAUAGGAUCCGUCUCUUCGUUUGUGGUUGUCUGUUUAGCAGCCUCUCUUGUGGUUUGCUGGCUAAAGAAACGUCACUUUAAACUUUUGGAGGCCAAGUAUUUCCAGCAGUUGCAGCAACACAUAGCUUCUAGAGUGGGUAGAGAAAGCUUGAGAAUGUUUUCUGCAAAAGAAUUGGCAAGAGCUUCUAAUAAUUAUUCCAAGGAAAUGGUGUUGGGAACUGGGGGCUUCGGAACCGUGUUCAAAGGCAUUCUAUUAGAUGGUACCCUUGUGGCCAUCAAAAAGUCCAAGCAAGCUUUGAAUCUGGAGGAUGAUCAUGAGUUUCUUAAUGAAAUUGCAAUUCUCUCCCAAAUAAACCACAGAAACAUUGUGAAAUUGUUAGGGUGUUGCAUCCAAACUAAAUUUCCGUUGCUGGUAUCUGAAUUCGUUCCGAAUGGAACAUUGUUUGAACGUUUACACUCCAAAAAAGGGUCUUUGCCAUGGGCUUCACGUCUGCAGAUUGCAAUCGAGACAGCGGAGGCUCUGGCAUAUCUACACUCUGGAGCAUCUCAACCCAUUUUCCAUCGGGAUGUAAAAUCGUCUAAUAUUCUUUUGAAUGAGAGACUCUCUCCCAAAGUUGCAGACUUUGGGAUUUCUCGUCUCAUCUCCGCUUCCAAUGACACACAUCUCACCACUAAUAUAAUGGGCACAAGGGGUUACUUGGAUCCUGAGUACUUCCAAACGUAUCAACUCACCGACAAAAGCGACGUAUACAGUUUUGGUGUAGUCAUGGUUGAGCUUCUAACAUCUCUGAAACCCAUCUCCAUAGAAAGGGCCAGCGACGAGUGGAGUUUAUCUACUCUUUUUCUCUCCAGACUUAAUGAUAACCGCCUCACAGAAAUCUUGGAUAGCAAAAUAUUGGAGGAGGAAAACCUGAAGCAGAUGGAAGAUAUGGGAAGGUUAGCAAGAGAAUGCCUUCAUUUGGAAAGGAGGAAAAGACCGUCGAUGAAAGAGGUCGUGGAGGAACUUUUAUGGGUAAGAGGUGGGACAAGAAAGACAAAAUUCAAUGACAGUCUAAAGUAUGACGAUGCAAUAUUGUUGCAGACCAGAAUUUCAAGACAAGCAUCACAAACUCCAUAUGAAUUCAGGGGUUACAGUUUUCCAUCUGCAAUUGGGAGCACGUCGGAGGAACCAUUCACUGCACUGAUUGAGAUGCCUGCCUGUGAUGGCAGGUGAUGUUUCGCAUGCAAUAUGCAUGACCAGCAAUAUAUUUGUAGUUCUAUAUUUAGAGUUUCUCCAUAUUAAAUGUAAGGAACAAAGAAGUUCAGUUAGUGGUUAUUUUAAAAGUAAUUCAGUUAAUAAUUAUUUUUAGAAGAUAGGAUCUGUAUAAAGAGAUGUUCUCAUGCUGUUUUGAAACAAUGAGUGUCUCAAGUCAGCACAUCUGUGAGAAAGACCUUGUUUGAGGCACCAUGCAAUUGAGUUGAAUGAAUAAAAGAUUCUUGUUU